CGUCUUCGUUUCUUUGACUUGGGCUCCUGCUCCGCCACUCUCCCUCUCUCUCUCUCUCCCCUUCUCCUCGCACCCAAGACCACCAUAUGCAGUUACAGUCUAUAGAUCAAAGUCUUCAUCAUUUCUUCACCAAAAUCGCCACUUUCGAUCACACAACACCAAUUCUUCGACCAACAACAUUCAAUCCCUCACCCCCUCACUCAAUCGGAUUUCAAAAUCGAAUUUUUUUCUCAUAUUGUAAACUUUGAUUUGGGGCUUCUGAUUCGAGUCUGAAAAUUCUUCGAGUUUCGCAACAAUGAAGACCACAUCUUUUCACUAUCAGAAACUCGAAACUGAAUCGCCGCGAUCGUGGAACGCCGAGUUCGAUCGAAGGUACGCAUUUUCACGCCAGACUUCGUUUCAUAAUCAAUCGGCCGAGCCGAUAUCUGUGAUUUCGAAUUCGAACGAUCCUGUGAAGAAGCCUUUUCUUUCUCGGACUGCGUCGAGCAUAGAUAUUCCGCCGAGUUUUAAUCCACAGGACGAAAGUGAGAGCAGAUGGACAGAAGAGAAGGGUUCGGAUGAGAAAUACUCGGUUUUGUUUUUUGUGUUAUCGGGUUUUAGCAUUAUGAGGUCUGGUAAUCGCCCAAUGAAGAGGUUGCUUUUGAUGAUCUCCCUCAAUGUUGCGUAUUCAACUGCUGAAUUGUUUAUUGGCCUUCUUUCAGGCCGUGUAGGUUUGGUGUCUGAUGCUUUUCAUUUGACAUUUGGAUGUGGACUCUUAACAUUUUCAUUGUUUGCAAUGGCUGCUUCACGGAAAAAGAGUGAUCGACUCUACACUUAUGGGUACAAGAGGCUUGAAGUUUUAUCUGCUUUCACCAAUGCUCUGUUUCUAUUGUUUAUGUCCUUCUCUUUAGCUGUGGAAGCACUUCAUGCAUUUAUACAAGAUGAAUCUGAGCACAAGCAUUAUUUGAUUGUUUCGGCAGUGACAAAUUUGUUGGUGAAUCUUAUUGGUGUUUGGUUCUUCCGGAACUAUGCUCGCAUUAAUCUUGUUUAUAGAAAAGCAGAAGAUAUGAACUACCACUCAGUUUGCCUGCAUGUUCUUGCUGAUUCUAUUCGCAGUGCAGGUUUGAUCUUGGCAUCUUGGCUUUUGACCCUUGGGGUUAAAAAUGCUGAAGUUUUAUGUUUGGGACUGGUUUCCGUCACAGUUUUUAUGCUCGUCAUGCCACUGUUUAGAGCAACUGGUGGCGUCCUACUCCAAAUGGCACCACCUAGUAUUCCAUCCUCAGCAUUGAGUAAAUGCUGGAGACAGGUAAUGUCUCGGGAAGAUGUUUCAGAAGUUUCUCAAGCACGUUUUUGGGAGCUGGUGCCGGGUCGUGUUGUUGGAUCACUCACACUACAGGUAAAGAAGGGAAUGGACGAGCGCCCGAUACUCCAAUAUGUGCAUGGCUUGUACCAUGAUUUGGGCGUACAUGACUUGACCGUACAAACUGACUAUGCCUAAGUCCGUGUCUUGUUUCACUUGGGUUUCUGUUGGAGAAAAGAGGUGUAAGUGAAGUACUUCAUCUAGAUUUGUUAUCACAUGCCCAUUCAAAGAAAUGUAUUACAUGCAUACGGGGAUUCUAAAUAUAUUCGCCAUUUGAAAGAAAAAUAACUCUGCAAAGUGAAUUAUUGUUAUCCUUCUAAUUAGUAUAAUGAAAUUUUGAGUAAAAUAUUUUAUGAACAAUGCA